CGCACUCCUAAAUCAUCAUGGCGGCUAAUCGCAGAGGAAUAGUUUGUGAACUGUGACAUGAUUUUGAGGCCAUAAGAUCACCAUUAGAAAAAUGAAGAUUCAAGUAUCACCACGGGCAUACGCCAAAAUCCUCUUACACACCUCUAAAUACCCACACAAAGCCGUCAACGGAGUUCUUGUAGGCGAGGAAAAUCUCAAAGAAGGUGAAAUUUACGCCUUAGAUGCUAUUCCUUUGUUUCAUAUUGCCCUUGGAUUGGCACCUAUGCUAGAAGUGGCCCUGGCAAGGGUUGAUAUUCACUGUAAAGAGAAUGGCUUACAGAUAGUUGGUUAUUAUCAAGCUAAUGAACAUAUUAAUGACAACAGUCCUAAUGCAAUAUGCUACAAAAUUGGAGAGAAAAUAUGUGAUCACUUUAACAAUGGUUUUAUGCUAAUGGUAGAUAAUACAAAGCUGUUAGUACCAUGUGAUGAAAUAGCUUGUAAGUGUUAUGUGGUCCAAGACAAUAAAUGGAAACAAAGUGACAAAGAUUUAGUACUUGAUGGUGGUGAGGAUUCACUGGGACUUACCACUGAACUUAUAGAAGCAAAAACUUAUCAGAGUCUCAUAGACUUUGACAAUCACCUUGACGACAUCACUCAAGAUUGGCUUAACAAGGAUAUUAAUAAACUAGUUGAAAUAUCACUCGCAACUUGAUUUCUAUUGCCUAGUUUUAUUGAUAUUUCAUUAUUUCAAUAAUAAGAGUUACUUAAGUCUCCUUUUUUAUCAGUAAUAUAUAAUUCUGCAUAAAUUCUAUGUUGUUUUUUUUUUUGUAUGUCAUUUCUCAAAACCAAAUUUUAAUUUCAUUUACAUACAAACCCUGCUGAAUUUAAACAAUCUCACUGUUGUAUAAGGUAUUUUGUUUUAUCAACUGAGUUGAUAAUGUGAAUUGGAGGCCAUAAAGUGUUUCUAAAAGAAUUUCAGCAUCUUUCACAUUGACAAAGGGCUAACUCUCAAAACAUCAGCUAUAGAAACUCAUUAUAGAGGCCCUGUAAGGGGGUUAUAGAUGUCACCCAUCUGAAUUUCAAACUUUGUCAUGUUGCCAUUUCAGAAAGUUCUGAUGUCGCUGUUGCAAUGUCAUCAGUGUUGUGCUCAAAGUUGCAUUUUCAUUUCCCUGAUGUUGUUGUUUCAACACCAUGUUGCCUGUCGGAAUUUAGCCUAUCAGGGCCUCAUUAUAUUGGCCAAUUUACAUUAUCAACUUAGGUUCUAAACGCAAAUUAUCUUGUCAUACUCCUCAGUGACACAGCACCACAGUUUCUUCAGAAACUUAGCCCUUGAAAUGUUCUUAAUUGCAUAUAUACUGUAUUAUGUCUCUUUUGACUGUUGAAAUAAUUUAAAUCAUAAUAUCAUAACAAGAAAUGUAAUGUUGUGAAAGACUUGAGGUCCCUAUGGGUGAAGGGUGAACUUUGGAGGACUUCAGUGUAUUUUGCAAAAGUCAUUGGAAUUCAUAUCUGGCAAUUAAUCUAUGAAGAAUUUAAUUGAACUGGAAAUUUGUACAGCUUUAUCCUGUGGACUCCUAUGUAAUGUUAAGUUCUUUUUGUGUGUGUGUCAAAAAUUCAUCAUCAGUGUCAAUCCUUCUGUUUUGAAUAGAAUAAUCAUUAAGACAUGAUCUAUUCAAAUGGAAAGCUAUCUCUUGUUUCAUCUGUGUAUCUUUGGUUAAUAUCCUCAUUCAAUUUUGGUUAUUCAGGGGUUUCAUUAAAGGCCAGGCACCGGGCAAAUUGACCGGUUGUGAGGACGGUUUUGCCUACCUGAUUUGACAGUCUGGAGUAAAGUUUAUCUUAUAAAGAAGUUCAGUUCAAAGAGUUUUGCCUGCCUCUGAAAACCAGUUGCCCUCCUGCCGAAAACAUCAAUGAAGCCCCUGGUUAUUGGUUUCCAAAUUUCUAUUCAGUCGAAAUUUAAUCAGACCUAAGCCAUAGGAGAAUCAUUGUCACAAUUUAAGGCAAAGAAAUUAUUAUCUUUGAACAAAAGUUGAUAACUGAUAAGAAAGCAUAUCAAAGGAUGCUUUGUGUUGUGUGAUAUAUUUCAGCCACCCUUCAUAACACCUUAACUUUAUAUGUAAUGUGGUUGCAAUAACUAGGCCCUUUCCAUUGUAGUAACAGUGAUGUAAAACAUUAAGCAUUAAAAAGUAGUUUUCUGCUAUCUUGGAUUGCAAAUGUG